CGACCACAUGUCACUCAGACGGCUGUCGGGUUCAUUUCAGUCCAGCUGAUAUUCGUUUCAGUGCAGGUACCUGAAAUUGUGAUUUACCAGAAUGGCGGGACGUCUUCUUCUUCGAGCUUGUACCACAACAACAUUGCAGCUGAGGAGCAAUGUGGUAGCUAGACCGUUACACCGUGCCAUAGCCACGGCCAAAGGAGUACCAACAGAUGAGGAACAGGCCACUGGACUGGAGCGACGUGCCCUGCAGGCCCUCAAACAUGGAAAGGAUCCCUACAGUAUGCUGAAGCCCAAGGAGUAUGCUGGCACCAAGGAGGACCCUCACAUUGUGCCAGGCAUUGGAACCAAAAGGCUGGUGGGCUGUCUUUGUGAGGAAGACAACACUGCUAUUGUGUGGUUCUGGCUUCACGAGGGAGAUGCCCAGCGCUGUCCUUCCUGUGGUUCCCACUAUCAGCUGGUCCACCACGAGCUGCCCCAUUGAAACUAAAUUUCACAAAAGCUCUGUACAAAUGGGACAAACAACAUUCAUAUUUACCUCCUUAAUGGCCUGCAAUAUGUGCAUAUCACUUAUUAAAAUGUAUACCUGAACUGUCUUGAUGGACAUCUCUUUCAGAUUUGAAUUAAGAAACCAAUCAACAGUCAUCAUCAUGCUGUGACAAAGGGCCAGUUAAAUUAUUAAAACUAAACUGGGCUACUUUUUGUGGUACCACGAUCGUUGAAUUUCAGUCAUCAUAAACUUUUUGCUGUAAUUCCCAAAGGCAAGAUGUUGCAAUAAACCAAUGAUCCAGGAAGACUC